UCUCCUGGACCUGAACCCAGCUGUGCGUCUUUAAAGAGCCAUCAGUCAAAGGAUAUUGGUGAAAAAUUUAAAGGAUGUUCUUCUGCUGCCAAGAGCGGCUGGAGGACAACAUUAUGAUGUUUGUGAAGAAUGAGCUGAAGAAAACCAAAAAGGUUCUGAGUCCAGAUGACCGAGAAACUAUAAAAAGCCAGAGGGAGGAUAAGGAGAUGUUUGAAGAUGAGGAUGAAGAUCAAAGAAAGAGCUGCAGAGAAGCAUUUCUGAAGAUCACAUUCCACUUCUUGAGGAGACUUAAGCAGCAUGAGAUGGCUGACCAUCUGCAGAGCAAAAUAUUUGCUCCACUCUAUAAACGUGAACUUAAAGCCCAACUGAAGAAGAAGUUCCAGUGUGUGUUUGAGGGGAUCGCUAAAGCAGGAAACCCAACUCUUCUGAAUCAGAUCUACACAGAACUCUACAUCACAGAAGGAGGGACUGCAGAGGUCAAUGAUGAACAUGAGAUCAGACAGAUUGAAACAGCAUUCAGGAAAUCAAAGGGACCAGAAACAACAAUCAGACAAGAAGAUAUCUUUAAAUCUUCACUUGGAAGAGAUGAACCAAUCAGAACAGUGCUGACAAAGGGAGUGGCUGGCAUUGGGAAAACAGUCUUAACACAGAAGUUCACUCUGGACUGGGCUGAAGACAAAGCCAAUCAGGAUAUCCAGUUCAUUUUUCCAUUCACUUUCAGAGAGCUGAAUGUGCUGAAAGAGGAAAAGUUCAGCUUGGUGGAACUUGUUCAUCACUUCUUUACUAAAACUAAAGAAUCAGGAAUCUGCAGGCUGGAAGACUUCCAGGUUGUGUUCAUUCUUGAUGGUCUGGAUGAGUGCCGAAUUAGUUUGGACUUCAACAAAACUAAAAUCCUGACUGAAACAAGAAAGUCCACUUCAUUGGAUGUACUGUUGACAAACCUCAUCAAGGGGAACCUGCUCCCAUCUGCUCGCCUCUGGAUAACCACACGUCCUGCAUCAGCCAGUCAGAUCCCUCCUGAGUGUGUGGACCUGGUGACAGAGGUCAGGGGCUUUACUGACCCACAGAAGGAGGAGUACUUCAAGAAGAGAUUCAGAGAUGAGGAGCAGGCCAGCAGGAUCAUCUCCCACAUCAAGACAUCACGAAGCCUCCACAUCAUGUGUCACAUCCCAGUCUUCUGCUGGAUCAUUGCCACAGUUCUGGAGGAUGUGCUGAAAACCACAGAGGGAGGAGAGCUGCCCAAGAACCUGACUGAGAUGUACAUUCACUUCCUGGUAGUUCAGGCCAAAGUCAAGAGGAUCAAAUAUGAUGGAGGAACUGAGACAGAUCCACACUGGAGUCCAGAGAGCAGGAAGAUGGUUGAGUCUCUGGGAAAACUGGCUUUUGAUCAGCUGCAGAAAGGAAACCUGAUCUUCUAUGAAUCAGACCUGACAGAGUGUGGCAUCGAUAUCAGAGCUGCCUCAGUGUACUCAGGAGUGUUCACACAGAUCUUUAAAGAGGAGAGAGGACUGUACCAGGACAAGGUGUUCUGCUUUGUCCAUCUGAGUGUUCAGGAAUUUCUGGCUGCUCUUCAUAUCCAUCUGACCUUCAUCAACUCUGGAGUCAAUCAGCUGGAAGAACAACAAACAAGCUCUCACACAGGGAAAGACUUCUAUCAGAGUUCUGUGGACAAGGCCUUACAGAGCCCAAAUGGACACCUGGACUUGUUCCUUCGUUUUCUUUUGGGUCUGAAAACUAAUAAAAUUUAUUUGCAAGGCCUGGUGACACAGACAGGAAGUAGCUCACAGACCAAUCGGGAAACAGUUCAGUACAUCAAGAACAAGCUCAGUGAGAAUCUGUCUGUAGAGAAAAGCAUCAACCUGUUCCAGUGUCUAAAUGAACUGAAUGACCAUUCUCUAGUGGAGGAGAUCCAACAGUCCCUGAGAUCAGGAAGUCUCUCCACUGAUAAACUGUCUCCUGCUCAGUGGUCAGCUCUGGUCUUCAUCUUACUGUCAUCAGAAAACGAUCUGGAUGUGUUUGACCUGAAGAAAUACUCUGCUUCAGAGGAUGCUUUUCUGAGGCUGCUGCCAGUGGUCAAAGCCUCUAAAAAAGCUCUGCUGAAUAGCUGUAACCUCUCAGAGAGAGCAUGUGGAGCUCUGUCCUCUUCUCUUCAACUAGAAGACUGUGAGCUCAGAGAUCUAGACCUGAGUAACAACACCGUGCAAGACUCAGGUUUGACACUACUGUUUUCUCGACUGAAGACUACAAACUGGAAGCUGGAAACGCUCAGAUUGAGUGUCUGUAAUCUCUCAGAGAGAAGCUGUGAAACUCUGUCUUCACUUCUCAGCUCCCAGCCCUCCAGUUUGAGAGAGCUUGACUUGAGUAACAAUGACCUGAAGGACUCUGGAGUGAAAGUUUUGUCUUCUGGACUAGAAAGUCUGUAUUGUAAACUGGAAACACUAAGGCUGUCAGGCUGCCUGAUCACAGAAGAAGGUUGCAAGUCUCUGGUCUCAGCUUUUAGCCUCAAUUCUUCCCAUCUGAAAGAGCUGGACCUGAGCUACAAUAGUCCAGGAGAGGCAGUAGUGAAGAUGCUUGAGCAGCUAAGACUGGACACUCUCUGGGUGGAGCCUGCUGGAGUCCGAUGGCUGACACCAGGUCUGAGGAAGUAUUCCUGUCAACUCACAAUCGACACAAACACAGUGAACAGAAACCUCAAAUUGUCUGAAAACAACAGGAAGGUGACACGUGUUUUAUCGAUUCCAUUAUAUCCUGAUCAUCCAGACAGAUUUGACUGGUAUCCUCAGCUGCUGUGUAAAGAUGAGCUUGAAGGUCGCUGUUACUGGGAGGUUGAGUGGAGAAGAACAGCUUGGAUAUCAAGCAGCAGUGUAUGUGGACUGUCCUGCUGGCACUCUGUCCUUCUACAGAGUCUCCUCUGACACUGUGAUCCACCUCCACACCUUCAACACCACAUUCACUGAACCUCUUUAUCCUGGAUUUGGGUUCUGGGCUCCAUCGGAU